GCAGCCGUGACUUCAGCUUCUCUGAAUUAGAGUGUGACUGAGGUAUUAUCAAAGGGGGACUUGCAAAAGGGCCAGCCAAGAGGCUUAUGGUGCGUCUGAAAAGCAAAAGAGAAAGCUUUGCAAAAAAGAAGAAGAAAGAUAGAAAAGUACUUUUAUGGGGUUGCUUAAGAGCUGAGCACAGGAGGAAGUGCAUUGGCAAAUCAACCUCAAGCGAGACUUCAUUUUUCAAGCAAGCUCCAGAGGGAAUCAAAACAGGGCCCGGGAUUAGAAGAAGUGUCACAGUACAGAGACACUUGGAAAAAUAGCUACGUUUAAAAAGCCAACUAAAACCCUGGUUCAAAAUGUCCCUCAAGCUGCCGCGGAAUUGGGAUUUCAACCUGAAAAUGGAUGCUGCAAAAAUAGCUCGUUCCAGGAGCGUGAUGACCGGUGAUCCCAUGGCGGCCUGCAACUGGACAGCCUCCCCCAACCUGCUGGAGCGGCCCCUGAAGAUCGGCUGGCUGAAGAAGCAGCGCUCCAUCGUCAAGAACUGGCAACAGCGGUACUUUGUACUGAGGGGCCAGCAGCUGUGUUACUACAAGGAUGAGGAAGAUGCCAAGCCCCAGGGCUGCCUGUUUCUGCAGGGAAGCACUAUCAAGGAGUCAGUCAGCAACCCAGAGGAAGCGGGGAAGUUUAUAUUUGAAAUCAUCCCAGGGGUCUCGGGAGACCAGAAUCGAACAGGACAAGACUCCUAUGUACUGAUGGCCAACUCCCAAUCCGAGAUGGAUGAGUGGGUUAAGUCUAUCCGAAGAGUGGUGGGAUCUCCAUCAGGAGUGGUAUUUGGCCAGCGCUUGGCUGAGACUGUGGCAUAUGAACAGAAAUUUGGGCAGCACCUGGUUCCUAUCUUGGUGGAGACAUGUGCAGAGUUCAUACGCGAGCACGGCAUGAAUGAGGAGGGCAUCUUCCGACUGCCUGGCCAGGACAACCUGGUGAAGCAGCUGAGGGACGCAUUUGACGCUGGGGAAAGGCCAUCUUUUGACCGCGAUACAGAUGUACAUACGGUGGCAUCUUUGUUCAAACUCUACCUGAGGGAACUCCCAGAGCCGGUUGUACCCUGGUUGCAGUAUGAGGACUUCCUCCUGUGUGGAAUGCUUCUGAAUGCCGAUGAAAUGAAGGGUCAUCAGGAGCUAGUGAAGCAGUUGUCCGUGCUUCCCCGAGUCAAUUACAACCUCCUCAGUUAUAUCUGCAGGUUCCUACAUGAAAUACAGCUGAACUCCAGUGUCAACAAGAUGAGUGUGGAUAACCUGGCAACAGUGAUUGGAGUGAAUAUCAUCAGGCCGAAGAUAGAGGACCCUGCAGUUAUUAUGAGAGGCACCCCCCAGAUCCAGAGAGUGAUGACUGUGAUGAUAAGUGACCAUGCCAAGCUCUUCCCCGUGUCCAAAGAUGAGCCCCCUUCUCCACCCGCCACCCAAAGGAACGAUUCUAAGAAGAUCCAAGUGCCACGCAGUUCCGUGGGCUGGGAUGCUGCAGAAGAUCCACCAGCAUCCAAGGCAAAUACUGUAACCCAAGGCCCAAGGAGAGAUGACCUAGAUACCAGCAGUCCCACUUCCUCCAGAGCAGCAGUCAGACUGGGCGCAUCUCUCGAAGAUGAUGUAAACCAACCCAAAGAUUUGCUGGAAAUGUGGAAAAUACAGUCCAGGAAAAGAACUCAGACCCUUCCUAACAGGAAAUCCUUCCUAACUGCUUCCUCUCAGGGGGAGAAAGCCAGCAGCGAUAAAAAUGACAUAUUCAACAAUGACUUCUGGACAUCUUCAGGAAGUCAGUUGUCUCCUACUUCCCCGACAGAUGGACACAAAAGAACAUUGUCUCAGGAUCUUUUUAAGCUGCUCGACCUUCACCGGACUUCGACCUACGACAAUGUCCCUACCUGCCAGGCAGAGCGUGGGGAGAGUGCUUGCACAGUAAGCAGCACCUCCAAGAAAGAUUUGUUAGCAAACCAAAGCCCCAGCCUUGUGCCAAAGGAACUAUCGGGUCCAAACAUCGGUGCUGAGGACUGUGGCUCUGGUCAGGAGAACCUGGAGGCCCUUCGAAAGGUGACCCUGGGGCUGAAAAAAGAAAUGGAAACGCAGAAAAAGGACUAUGAAGAGCAAAUUAAAAGCCUCCAGAAGGAGAACUACGAAGUCUGGGCCAAAGUGGUACGACUGAAUGAAGAGAUCGAGAAAGAGAAGAAGAAGUUUGCGGCGCUGGAACUGAAGCUUCAGAAUGUGGAGCGCUCACGGGAAGACAUUGAAAAGAGGAACAAGGUGCUGGAGCAGGAGAUCCAGGACUUCAUGAAAUCCAUGAGUGAUCCCAGGGACAAAAGAAAAUAAGAGAACGGACCUGGAUUUGCACACACAUGGAGAACAGCUGCAUGGGGGAUUAUCCUCCCCCUUCAGAUAGGAAUUGCCAGACUGGGUUGAACCAGGGAUCUCUCUUGUCCAGAAUUCUGUUGCUGUGAAUGGCCAGCACCAGCUGGUUCAGAGGAGGGUGUAAGGAGCUCUACAGGUUAAUCUUCCUCUAGGGAAAGUCCCUUCCUGACCUCUAGUAGUGAGAGGUUGGUUUAUGCCCUGAAGUAGGAGGGUUUACAGCCUUUUCAAAACUCUCUCUUUUGUUUUUUUACUCCUACUCUGUUCAUGUUAUCCGUAUACAUGGUCAAUAAUUUUUUGAAUUCUGCUAAACACUCAGCAUGAAUAAUACCAUGUGGCAGGGAGUUUCACAUGCUGAUUGUACAUGAUGCCCAUUCACAGUGGCCCUGAAGGAAUCUCUCUGUCACACACCAGUUCCCUGGCCUGAAGGGUGAUAACACUUGUCCGGGGAGAAAGGACUGAUGGUUUUAAGUUUCUCAGAGGGGAACAAAAAUAACACUGAAAAACUGGAACCAGGAACUUGGAAGAGCCUGUGGCCUUAUCAUUACAUAGGCAACUGCUCUGAGUUUGUUUGGACAUUAUACCACAUCCUACAGUUAAAUCCUUUUUCUCCAUCCUCUGCUCCUAGCCUGAGUGAAAUUACAGUUUUCAGAAUAAAGUCUAAAUUUUAGGAUUGCUGUCAUAGAGAUGGAUAAAACCAACUAGAUCACCUUAUGCACCCCUCCCCCCCGGAAGUUCAGUGCAGGAUUGUUCCCCAAAGUAUAUUGUCCCGUCACACUUUAUAUUAAGGUUCCAUUUAUAAAUAGUCUAUAACAGGUUAAUAAAUCAUAACUGUUGUUUUAAUAAAUGGUUAGUCAAUCAUUUUAGAUUGUUGUGGACUCCAAUAGGCCAAUAGAUUGCUUAUAAACAUAACAUGCUAAUUGUGUGCUUUUAAUCAUCUAUAACACAUGCGACUGAUGUCUGUAACCUGCUUAUAACAUCAUUUAUUAACCCUUCAUAAACCAUUUAUAACUCACAGAAUCAUAGAAAUUGAGGACUGGAAGGGAUCUUGAUAUGAUCUUAGUCCAGUCCCCUGCACUGAGACAGGACUAAGUAUUAUCUAGACCUGGAGUAGUCAAUUAUUUUUUGUCAAGGUGCAAAUUUCUUGGUCAAGGUAUAGUCAGGGUCCAGAUUCCAGAGAAAAUAAUUUUAAAAAAUUAUAAUAAUAAGUAAAUAUGUAGAUUUCGGAGUCCGUUCAAAAACGUCUGGUGGUCUGGAUUUGGCUCGCAGUAUACCUAUUGACUACUCCUGAUCUAGACCAUCGCUGGCAGGUGUUUAUCUAACCUGUUCUUAAAAACCUCCAAUGAUGGAGAUUCCACAGCCCCCCUAGGUAACGUGUUCCAGUGCUUAACUACCUUCACAGUUAGGAAGUUUUUCCUAAUGUCCAACCUAAACUGCCCUUGCUGCAAUUUAAAUCCAUUAAUUCUUGUCCUGUCCUCAGUGCAUAAGGAGAACAAUUUAUCACCGUCCUCUCUAUAACAAUCUUUUAUGUACUUGACUGGAACUUUAAUACAAAGGGUGACCUCCUACAACCAUGUACAGUAUAGUCAACGGUGCUGCAUUAAUCGGACCUCAUAGGCUCAAAAGUUUGGCUCAAGUUCUGUUUGGGAAAGACUACGAACAAAAAAAAAAAAGCAGAGAAAAAACAAUCGAAUGCCGAAAGUGUGAAAGGGAGUGAGGAGUGGGGACAAUGCUAAUGCAAAGUCCAAAUGUCUACUUUGUUUAUAAAGCACCCGCUUGUGCCAUCCUAACUGUAGCAGGGCUCUUUGGUCCCGAACACUCAGCCCAUGCUCUUUAAGCUAGAAAUCACACCGGCAUUUCUUUAAACUGAAACAACCUCGUGACAAAUCUGAGUUUCAAGUACAGGGAACAGAAAGGUUUGGGGAAGUGGAACUAUUUUUGGGAACCCUCCCCAAAAAGUCAUUCAUGGGGUUUCAGAAAACCUCUUCCUUCAUCAGGUUCACCCAUCGCCAGUGCUCAUGGAAUCUUCUAAAAUCUGUAGCACUCCUUAAUGCCGCCCUCCCCAAAACCUACAUGACGGAAAUAGCAUUAGUCUGCCCCCAGUAUCAUAGAAUAUCAGGGUUGGAAGAGAUCUCAGAAGGUCAUCUAGUCCAACCCCCUGCUCAAAGCAGGACCAACACCAACUAAAUCAUCCCAGCCAAGGCUUUGUCAAGCCAGGCCUUAAAAACCUCUAAGGAUGGAGAUUCCACCACCUCCCUAGGUAACCCAUUCCAGCGCUUCAUCACCCUCCUAGUGAAAUAGUGUUUCCUAAUAUCCAACCUAGACCUCCCCCACUGCAACUUGAGACUAUUGCUCCUUGUUGUGUCAUCUGCCACCACUGAGAACAGCCGAGCUCCAUCCUCAUUGGAACCCCCCUUCAGGUAGUUGAAGGCCGCUAUCAAAUCCUCCCUCACUCUUCUCUUCUGCAGACUAAAUCACCCCAGUUCCCUCAGCCUCUCCUCAUAAGUCAUGUGCCCCAGCCCCCUAAUCAUUUUCGUUGCUCUCUGCUGGACUCUCUCCAAUUUGUCCACAUCCCUUCUGUAGUGGGGGGACCAAAACUGGACGCAGUACUCCAGAUGUGGCCUUACCAGUGCCGAAUAGAGGGAAUAAUCACUUCCCUCGAUCUGCUGGCAAUGCUCCUACUAAUACAAUCAUUGCUGGAGAAAGCUUGUUCUGAUGAUGUAAUGAUUAUACCUUGCGUUUUACUGGCUCACUGUGUUGUCACUCAGUAGCCUGUGAGUGGGAGCUGUGGAUAAGCCAGAAUGUUCCUGCCCGUAUAGUUUGAAUUGAGCAUAGUCGAAUUAAGCUUUUUAAUUAAAAGCAGUUGUUAUUUUUUCUAA